AUGGAUGGAGUUGAGUUUGAAGGAACUGUUGACCCUACAAAUGUCGAGGCCAAACCUCCUAUUCUUACAUGGAAUGAUUUUGUGAAAGAAUUUCAUAAGAAGUAUGUCCCACCUGUUUAUCAUGAUAUAAAGAAAAAAGAGUUCUUAAAUUUAGAGCAAGGGAGUAUGUCUAUCGCUGAAUAUCAGCAGAUGUUUCUCAGGCUGUCGCGCUAUGCUGGGGGAUCGACAAGGAACAAGCUGGUAGAAAUGAACAUAAGUUCAGGAAAGCUUAUGCAGAUUUGUGUGGUUCAUCAAAAAAAAGGGAGGUUUGACAGUUCCCAAGCUAAUACUUUUUGUAAGUUAGCCCAACAUAAGCAGAAUAGAUCAAGUUCCUUUACUGCCAACACUCCAAGCUAUGGCCGAGAUAAGACUUGCAUACCCACCUAUGCACAAUGUGGAAGAAAUCACUUUGGUACUUAUAGAAGAGCUUCUGGCACUUAUUUUAAUUGUGGGAGCUUCGAUCAUAAGGUGAGGUAUUGUCCUAAUCCUAACCCCACGUCUUUUCCGCAUACGGAAGCCUCGGUUAAAAAACUUGUUACCACUCCCUCUCAAGGGAAUAGAGGUGCAAGAUCUAGAAACACACAAACAAUAGGUGUAGGUACAACCAAUCUAGCUGGUGGGUCAAGAUCUACAGCACGAGCUUAUGCGAUGAGACAGAGGGAUGACCAGGAUGGAGCGGAUGUGGUUGUUGGUAAAUUUCACUUAUUCGACUUAUGUAUUGUUAUAUUAUUUGAUUCUGGUUCUACACAUGCGUAUGUUUGCUCAUCAUUGGAUUUCCAAGACUAUGAUGUCAUUAUCAAUAUGGAUUGGCUUUAUAGAUACCAUGCCGUAGUUGAUUGUAGGUCAAAGCAUGUGACCUUUAUAGUUCCUUCACUUUCAUAUAUCAUUGUUCAAGGUGAAAGAUCAUUGACGUCUAAUAUCAUCUCUACAGUAGUGGCAAAGAAGAUGGUUAGACAAGAUUGUGAAGCAUAUCUUGCUCAUAUAUUUAAUACACGCCUAGAAGGUCCAAGCCUUGAGGAUAUACCCAUUGUGUGUGAAUUUGUUGAUGUCUUCCCUGAAAAUAUUUUCGGACUGCCCCCUAAAAGGGAGGUUGAAUUUCCCAUAGAAGUUGUUCUUGGAACCACUCCUAUCUCUAUGACGCCUUAUCGAAUGGCUCCGGAUAAUGAAGAUCAUAGAAAGCAUUUUCGAAUUGUUUUGCAAAUUCUGCAAGAGAAGAAGUUUUAUGCCAAGUUGUCUAAAUGUGAAUUUUGCCUUGGUGAAGUAGCCUUUCUGGGACAUAUUGUGUCGGCGGCAGGUGUGAAAGUGGAUCUUAGUAAAAUUCACGCUAUUAUUGAAUGGAAACAACCUAAAAGUCUAACUGAACUAACAAGUUUCUUGGGUUUAGUGGGAUACUUUAGAAGGUUUGUCAAAGGCUUCUCCAUUAUAGCCUCCCCUUUGACUAAACUCUUGAGGAAGGAUGACAAGUUUGUAUGGGAUGACAAAUGCCAGGAUAGUUUUGAAAAGCUCAAAUCCUUAUUAACACAAGCUCUUAUACUUACUCCACCAAAUGUAGGGAAGGAAUAUGUGAAAUAUAGUGAUGCCUCUAAUUGUUGUUUGGGAUGUGUCUUGCUUUUGCAAGUCAAACCAGUUCUACUUGAACAGGUGAAAGAAGCACAGAAAUUAGACGAGAAGUUGGUGAAAUUAAUCAAAAAAGCUCAAAUUGGAGAAAAGCUUGAUUUUAAAUUAGGGAGGAUGGUGUUCUACUUUAUCAAAACGGGUUAUGUAUCCCUAAAGAUGACAAUUUGA